UUUCUUUUCUCCCUCGUUGCUCGCGUACUUGAAGUCUGAAAAUAGGGGGAAAGGGUUAUUAGGGGACUUGGGGGGGCAAAAAUAAUAAAGGCUAAAAAAGUCCCCAUUUGAAGCCUCGCACUCGAUUCGUAUCGAUUUUUCGAUUGGAUCUUGAGAGACCGGUGCUUCAAGUGAGAGGAGAAGAGGACAGUGGAAAGAUGGGUUCUUGAUUGUUGGAAACCCUAGUAAUAUUUUGAUGUGUUGUUACUUUGGUGUUUUCUGUUGUUGAUUGAAGUUAGCUGUGAUUCCGAAGUAGUAGAUUUUAGUUGUGGAUUGAGCUGAAACCCUAGAAUUGCAAUUUGUGGACUUGUCUCACUGUAAAGUUCGUUCUUUUUCUUAUUUAUUUUUUUUGGGGAUUUUGGGAAUAGCAUGGGAGACGAGAGUGUAUUAGUAGUCCAAGUGGAGGACUUGAAUCGAUCUAAGGUCAGUGAUGACAAAAUGGUUCGUGAUGAUUCAGAAGAAUGCAAAAAAGAUUGUGUUGAGGGGACAGAGGACCAGCCUAAAGUUGACGAUAACACGAUGAUUGUAGAGGGAUCCAAAUUAGCGGGAUCAAACAGAAAUCAUGAGAUUACUGUUGAUAAUUCACUUGUUGGGGCAUUGAAACAAUCCCAAGGAGUUACCAAGAGUAAUGAGAAGGGGGUAGGGAAACAAGCAAAGAGAAAGAGGGCUUCCAUAGAUGUCAAUGUGCUCUCUACUGACAAGGGGACUCUGGUUACUGAAUGCCGUAGAGAGCUAGAUAGCUUGUUUGAGUAUUACAAGGAGUUGUCAGCUAGAGUCCUGACUUUGGAGGAGGGUUUGUGUUCUUCAAACAAUUCAUUGGUGGCUUGCUUGCUGGAGGAGAGCAAUCUUGCAUUUUCUAAAUUGGUGGAGGUGAUAUUUGAAAAGUUAAAGGGAAAAGAGGGUGUUUCUUUGGCUUAUGUGCGUAGUACGGUUCUGUCUGUUGCACAUAGAAUCUCGUACGGGAUCACGAAUGUAGAAGCUGAUGUAUUGGAGGAUGAAUCUGCGGUUUGUCUAUGGUGCUGGGAGACAAAAGACAUUAAGUUGAUACCUCCAAAUCAGCGUGCGGAUUUAAAUGUUCGGCGUAUAGGUCGAAAGAAAAUACAUGAGAGAAUUUCUGCUCUUUCAGCAACCCUAUCCGCACUAGCAAUUCCAGAAAAUCAGGCUAGUUACAAAAGUAUUCUCAAUAAAACAUCCAUAAAGCUUGGGAAGGCAUUAAAUUUAGAGGAGAUUCGCUCACUAGUUGAAAAGAAGAAACAAAAAAGUAACACCAGCAUGGCUGACAAGACAGCGAAACUAAAGGAGAAAGAGUCCAUCCGUGCGAUUCAGAAGGAGAAAUUGCAAACAGAAAAAGAGAUUAAGCGGAUGCAGGAAGAAGCUGAGAAAGAAGCCAAACAGCGAGAGAAAGAUGAAGCUGAAUCUAAGAAACAGCUUAAGAAGCAACAAGAAGAAGCUGAGAGGGAUAGGCGGCGGCGAGAAAGGGAAGAAGCAGAACUGAAAAAGCAACGUUCCGUAAAGAAGCAAGCUACCAUAAUGGAGAGGUUUCUUAAAACAAAGAAGAGCAAUGAUAAUUCACAUAGCAUUGAAAAGCCAUCACCUAAGCAAGACCCAAUAUCUGAUUCACCUAAUAAGGUGGAGGUGGUCAAUGCAACUACCUCGUUAAUGGAUAGUACUUUUUAUAGGCAAGACAGCUCUGAUGCAGAGGACCUUCGUAAAUUGCAUGUUGAUGGCUGGCGUAAGUUGUCUCGCUGCAAUCGAUCCUGCCACUGGGGUGUUAGGCGUAAUCCUAGGGCUGAGCUUUUUAAGGAGCUUAAGCUGCAUGAAUCAUCCAUUGAAGUAAAUCCUCUUGGGAAACCUGAAACUCCAGUCAAGGAAGUUGCCUCUCCUAAGGACUUCUCCAGGGAAGUGGGUCAAAAUAAGCUCGGAGAUGAUGGGUCAGAAAGAUCUUUUGGAAAUGAUCAUAUUGAUAUUGCCUCACUUCAGUCAUUGAGGAAGAAACUGUUGCAGUUUGACAAGAGCAAUAGACCGGCGUACUAUGGUACGUGGAGCAAGAAAAGUUGUGCUGUUGGACCACGACGCCCGCUUAAGAUGGAUCCAGAUUUGAACUACGAUGUUGACAGUGAUGAAGAAUGGGAAGAGGAGGAACCAGGUGAAAGUCUCUCAGAUUGUGACAAGGAUGUUGACGAGGAACGGCUAGAGGAAGAAACAUUGAAAUUCGAUGAUGAAGAGGAAAGCGAAGAUGGCUUCUUUGUGCCAGAUGGUUAUCUCUCUGAAAAUGAGGGUGUUCAAGUUGAUGGCAAGUCAGGCGGGACAGAUGGUGAGACUGGAAGUUCACAGAGUGGUCAGUCAGCAGUUGAAAGUGAAGAGAUCCGAGUAUUGCUGCAACAGCAGAAAUACCUUCAAAAUUUGACACAGCAAGCUCUCCGAAAGGUUCAUCCCUUAGUCAUAUCAAACCUAGCACAUGAAAAAUCUGAAACAAAGACGGUUGAAGAUAUAAAUGGCACAAGUAAGAUUGAGCAAAUGUGCCUGCAAGCUCUCUCCAUGAGAGCCUGCCCUGGAGGUUGCAUAAUAGAUUUAUCAGUUGAUUACAACCCAGAAAAUGAAGACCAGGAGGUCCCACAAUCUCAGGCUAAAAAUAAUACAACACCCACUCCCUCUACUUCAGCUAUCUUAGACUCGGAUUUGCCAGAAAUUGUGUUAUCAAUCAGGUCAAACUCACAGGGUAUCAAUAAGGUAUUAGAGUCAUUGCAAGGCAAAUUUCCAACCACCCCAAAGUCCCAAUUGAGAAAUAAAGUAAAGGAGAUAGCAGAUUAUGUGGAUAAUCGGUGGCAGGUUAAGAAAGAGAUUUUGGACAGGCUUGGCUUAUCGACUUCUCCAGAGAAACUUUCUAAGCCGAAAGGAAUAACAACCUUUUUCUCAAAGCGGUGUCUACCUCCACAGAAGCAAUCCGUCGAUGCCUCGGAAUCUUCUCCCCAACAAUGUUCGAAGACUAAAGUCAUUGCUCAUGAUGGCACUCAGUGCAGCGGUGUCUAAGAAAGAUGGGGGGCUCUUUUCGGUCUGCAACUGAGUUGCCGACGACUUCCUGAAGCAUCAACGCAGUAGUGGAGCUUUGUAAAUUGAGUACAGUUCCUGCUGCCAAGUUUUUGUUUUCAUGUUCCCCCCUCUAUUUGUGGUGUGUAUAAUAACCAUGAGAGGAAUAGGGUAUAACUAGUUUAGUACCUAUGCAGGAAACUCUCAUCUCCUGUGGUUGUUUUGAAGAAUCAACAUGCAUUUCUUCCCUUAAUUUGACAAACAUUUCAGAUAUAAUGUUUUCUUUGGCA